AUGUGGGAGGCAAAGAUGGAGCCCAACAUCAUCAGCUGCAACGCUGGCAUCAGCGCCUGCGAGAAGGGCUACCAGUGGCAGCAGGCUCUGUCGCUGCUCAAUGAGAUGUGUGAGGCGAGGUUGGUGCCCGACGUCAUCUUAAGCUGCAGUGCCGGGAUCAGCGCGUGCGAGAAGGGCAAGCAGUGGUUUUGGGCGUUGUCGCUGUUCAGCGAGAUGCGGGAGGCGAAGCUCCAUCAAGACGACAUCAGCUGCAGCUCUGUGAUUACCACAUUCGAGAAGCGCGGGCAGUGGCACUGGGUUCUGUCGCUGCUCAGCGAGGUGCGAGAGGCGAAGCUGGAGACGAACGUCAUCUGCUUCAGAGCGGGGAUCAGCGCCUGCGAGCAGGGCCGUCGGUAG